AACAGCCUGCUAGUCUCUGCUUCUCUACUGCAGAAGACAGAGUGAUAUUUGUGUUUCCAUAGCAUGUUGUAAAAUGCAUGAGAUUUUGCUCAUCCUCCUUGGAAAUGAGAAUAGGAAAAUGAGAGCAUCCUGAACCAGAAGCUAUUAGAAGAACAUGCAGAAACCUGCAGCGAUUUGUGCUUUAUUUUGUCUUCCUAGCUAUGGAUUAGAAGGACUGAUUUUUGCAAUGGGCUUUUUCCAUAAUGGCAUUCUUGUAUUGUUUGGUCAGAGCUUGCACAGGAGGAAAACAGGCUGCUGAAUUUAGUCACUGAUCUCUAUUAGCCGUGGCCUAAGGCUAUGCUGAGAUUUAUAUCCCAUUUGUAUUGUUGCAGCUCAAAAGAAGAAUGUUCAGAGGAUGACAAGUGUAUUCUGAGUAGUACCGUGGUGACAACAUGCCAUUGAAAUGGAAAACGAGCUCUCCUGCUAUCUGGAAAUUCCCAGUUCCUGUGCUUAAAACAUCCAGGUCAUCGCCACUUUCUCCAGCAUACAUAUCUCUGGUGGAAGAGGAGGAUCCUCAUAUGAAAGUAUCUCUUGGUAGCAGCGAUAUGGGCGUCUCUGCCCAUCUACAGUCUUCGAAGACAGGAACCACAAGAUUUUUCACCAGCAAUACUCACAGCUCUGUGGUAUUACAGGGUUUUGACCAACUGCGAGUGGAAGGUUUGCUUUGUGAUGUGACGCUUGUUCCUGGAGAUGGUGACGAGGUGUUUCCUGUUCACAGAGCAAUGAUGGCUUCUGCCAGUGAUUACUUCAAGGCAAUGUUCACAGGGGGAAUGAAGGAACAAGAUUUAAUGUGCAUUAAGCUUCAUGGUGUGAACAAAAUAGGCCUAAAGAAGAUCAUUGAUUUCAUCUAUACUGCAAAACUUUCCCUUAACAUGGACAACCUUCAGGACACUCUGGAAGCUGCCAGUUUUUUGCAGAUUUUACCUGUUUUGGACUUCUGUAAAGUGUUUCUUAUCUCUGGGGUUUCGUUGGAAAACUGUGUUGAGGUUGGGCGAAUUGCCAACACAUACAAUCUCACAGAAGUGGAUAAAUAUGUUAAUAACUUCAUCCUGAAGAACUUCCCUGCAUUAUUAAGUACUGGUGAAUUUGUGAAACUCCCCUUUGAACGUCUUGCCUUUGUGCUUUCAAGUAAUAGCCUUAAGCACUGCACUGAACUUGAACUCUUCAAGGCGGCUUGUCGCUGGCUGCGCUACGAGGAGCCUCGGAUGGAGUACGCUGCGAAGCUAAUGAAGAACAUCAGGUUUCCACUCAUGACACCCAAUGAUCUCAUUAACUACGUUCAGACAGUGGACUUCAUGAGAACUGACAACACCUGUGUCAACUUGCUUCUGGAAGCCAGCAACUACCAAAUGAUGCCAUACAUGCAGCCGGUGAUGCAGUCGGAGAGAACGGCCAUUCGGUCGGACAGCACGCACUUGGUGACGUUGGGGGGAGUGCUGAGGCAGCAGCUGGUUGUCAGCAAGGAGUUACGGAUGUACGACGAGAAGGCCCACGAAUGGAAAUCCUUGGCUCCCAUGGAUGCACCGAGGUACCAGCACGGCAUCGCCGUGAUCGGAAACUUUCUUUACGUGGUUGGCGGCCAGAGCAAUUACGACACGAAGGGAAAGACGGCGGUUGACACGGUCUUCAGGUUUGACCCUCGCUACAACAAGUGGAUGCAAGUCGCGUCUUUAAACGAGAAGCGGACCUUCUUCCACCUAAGUGCCCUCAAAGGACAUUUGUAUGCAGUCGGUGGUCGAAACGCAGCGGGUGAACUAGCCACUGUGGAAUGUUACAAUCCCAGAAUGAAUGAAUGGAGCUACGUUGCAAAAAUGAAUGAACCCCACUAUGGUCACGCUGGAACUGUGUAUGGGGGAUUAAUGUAUAUUUCAGGGGGAAUUACCCAUGAUACUUUCCAAAAGGAACUUAUGUGUUUUGACCCUGACACAGACAAAUGGACUCAGAAAGCUCCGAUGACGACAGUCAGAGGUCUGCAUUGCAUGUGUACUGUAGGAGACAAGCUGUAUGUUAUUGGUGGAAAUCACUUUAGAGGAACCAGUGAUUAUGAUGAUGUUCUAAGCUGUGAAUAUUACUCACCAACUCUAGACCAGUGGACUCCAAUUGCUGCCAUGUUACGUGGGCAAAGUGAUGUUGGGGUUGCUGUCUUUGAAAAUAAAAUCUAUGUUGUUGGAGGAUAUUCUUGGAAUAAUCGGUGCAUGGUGGAAAUAGUUCAGAAAUACGAUCCAGAAAAAGAUGAGUGGCAUAAAGUAUUUGACCUCCCAGAAUCCCUUGGUGGCAUUCGAGCCUGCACUCUUACUGUUUUCCCACCGGAGGACAAUUCAGGGUCACCGUCUAGAGAAUCUCCUCUUUCAGCACCUUAGAACCAUCCCUUGACUUAUGAUGUUGUAGUAACACCUUUGCACUGCAUCAUGGAGUCUGUUAUUUUUCUUCAGUAGUUUCUGUUAGGCUUAGCCUACAGCAUUUCGUACAAUUACUGGGAAAAAAAAAAAAAAAAAAAGACUUUGACAUUACUUGUGCUGUUUGUUUGGCCUAGAAUGUUUGUCAAGUGGUUAACAAAAAAGAUGUACUCGCCCGAGCCAAAUGUUUAACAAAUGAGAGGAUAUUGUCUAUAAAAUGUAUGAACUAGGUACGUUAUUAAUGUCGUGUAUUGGGUGUGAGGUACCUUAUAGCUUACAUUUGGGAGCCCAAUGAGUCAAAUUUGAAGCUUUUUGUAUUGAACAUGUUCUUUCACUAAAUUUCAUAGUUGAAAUCCUCUUUCCUUUCAUUUUUGACUGCAGAUUACAAGGGGAGGUAGACCACAUCAAUGUGAACUGUCCGAAGGUUGCCAAGGGGCCUGAGCUACCUCCCUCUUUUCACAGAGUAUUUUUGACAUAUCUGUUUACCCACCUGACUUUGUGGGUGCUUUCAGAGCAUAUGAAGUUUCUUAGGCAGAAGGGAGAAAUAAAAUAAUUUUAAAAUAUUAGCACUGUACAGGAAGCGGACCUUGUAGAGGCCGGGAGUUUUUUUAUAACAUAUAUCGAGUGUUUUUCCUGAGUCAGUUGAAUGAUGCUUCAAAUAAAACAUUUGAAAUACCUUUACAUUUUUUAAUUUUUUUUUUUUUCAGGAAGUGGCUUCCACUUGCAUGGGAGCACACACUAUUAACAAACGGGAAUUCAGUGCAGUUGCAUACUCUGUUGUAUGCCUGUACUGAAUAUAGGUAGUUAAGGGCUAGAAACAGUAACUUAAGCCACUGAAUUUGACCAAAUCGUUCCAUCAGAUCAAGUUUAAUCUACCUUUUCUCCUUUGCUGUUGAGAUAACUUGCAUAAUGUGUCCUCUGUAUAGUCUCAGUUAAUAAGGUUAUUUAGCACAAAAUGCAGCUUCAGCGAGAGAGCUGCUUUUGCUCAGUGAACUUGGACUACCACGUUUUACCUUCUUUUGUUCAAUAAAACUUUUAACUGCAGUUACCCAGUCUAAGCUACCUCAUUAAUGUAUUUGGUUUUCUUCCUCUGCCUCACUGUCUCCAGGAUACGCGUUACGUAUAUCUGUGUGGGUAGAUGAAUUUGCUAGGAAACCAAUGCAGAAGUGAUCAUGAAUGGGUAUUUUUGACCUACUUUUAAGAAACUAUUUUGUUCUGAUGUGUUCAUUUUAUUGUUAAGGCUUGAUGAAAAACCAGUCUUAAUGUUUUUUUUCCUUGGAGAACUAUUGCUUAUGUGUGCAGCCUUGCCAAUUUACAGAAAUCUUUACCUGCUCCAAAAUACAGUGCACUGCUGACAAAUUGCAGCUCUGAUUAUACCAUCCUGCUUGUUCUGAACUUCCCAUCUUAUGUGACAAGUGGUUUUGCUAAUGAACACAGUCACAGGGGUAUUCUCUGGGGAAAACUGGUUAAAUCAGCUUAUUUUAUUGUGUUACCUAUUAACAAUAACCAAGUAAAGCUUAAUAAACUUUUGUUGGGAGUU